UUUACCCAAUGUCCAGGCGAUACAGUACAAACUGGGACCGUAAAGGUUGACCCGACUCGGAAAUUCAAAUGUACUAAGGCUGCCCGUUAGCUUUAACUUUCGAUCACAAUUUGACCCAUUAAACAUAAUUUGGUAGUCUUUUUUCUUAAAUAAUUUUUUUUUCGGCAUAUACGCUUUGAAUAAAAAAGUAUAGAAAAUACAGAAUAAAAAAAUUAGUAGUUUUACGAUUGUUUAAUUGUAGAACAAAACACGUUUGCUUAAUUUCAAACAAAAGAAACCGAAUGCAUCUCACUCUGGUUAGCCCGAAGUGAGUUAUCCGUGUUGUCCGGAUUUAGAAGAGGAAGUAAUUACGGCAACAUACCGUUUAAAGAAAAAGUAAAAGAAAAAAGAGCAGUUAUAUAAUAAUUACAGGUUUAGACGUAGGACUAUAAGGAAGACUAAUUAAACUUCACAAUAUUAUCAACAACUAAAUUAAACGAAGCAACAUGGACAGUUUCUGUAAUUUUCAGGCUUCAGUGACUAAAGAUUGCAUAAUUUGUGGAGAUGCGGCAAUCGGAAAUAAUUUUGGAGUAGUUAGCUGUGAGAGUUGCAAGGCAUUUUUUAGACGAAAUGCAAAUAAGGUUUUGGUUUGUAACUUCUCAUCUAACUGUACCAUUGACAAGUUUACAAGGAAAUUCUGUCAAAAAUGUCGGCAAAGGAAAUGCCUUGAGUAUGGAAUGAAACGAGAACUUAUCAAAACAGAAAAUCGAUCAAGAAUCAAAAAGAAAAGGAUUGAGUUGAUGGAUAAAAGUAGAAUUCCUGAAGCUAGAAUAGAGCCUAGAUAUAGAUCGUACUGCAGUGAGGAGUACUCAAAUAUUAAGGCUGAGGAAGAGAUCACACAGGGCCAGGGCCCAUCUAGACCAUUGGACUCUGCAGUAAAUUCUGCAGUACAUUCUGCAGUAAGUGCUGAAGUACAUUCUGCAGUACACUCUCCUGUACACUCUACUGUACACUCUCCUGUACACUCUGCUCUACACUCUACUGUACAAUCUGCAGAUCAGAGUCCUCCUCUUGAGAUGAACCAGGCAAGCAGAACAAUGACGAUUGGAAGCCUGAUCAAUGCCGCAAUAUCAACCGAGUUCCAGCUCUGCUCUGAGCAACCCUCAGUAACGCUAAACGAAAGAGAAAAGGCCAGGAUUAAUGAACUAUGUAUCGCCUCGAAAUCUCUCGAUGAACCCUUUAAAGAAGAUGAACAGCAUGUUGUUAUUAACUUUCAGAUGGAACCCAAGCUUAUCAGUGUGCUGAACCUGACUAAUCUAGCUGUCAAGAGAAUCAUUAACAUGACAAAACAAAUAUCAGCAUUUGCCAAUCUAUGCCAAGAGGAUCAGCUGGUUUUACUGAAAGGAGGAUGUCUCGAGCUAAUGCUGCUAAGAUCGGUUCUUUCUUUCAACUCGGAGAAAAAUACGUGGCAGUUGCCUGGGAUGUCCUUUAAAGAGGAACUGAGCAUGGAUGUUCUGAAAGAAGCAAGUGUUCAUGGAGUUAACCUAUACGAAGAACAUCAAAGGUUUGCCAGCUCCUUCCCUGCAGUGUACAGAACUGAUGAAACAAUUAUGCUUUUAUUGUCCGCCAUUGCUCUCUUCUCCCAGGAUAGAAAUAAUAUGAAGCAUAAAACUGUAGUACAGCUAGAACAGGAUACUUAUUAUUAUCUUCUGAAGAGGUAUCUAGAUUCCAAGUUUGGUGGAUGCAAGGCUAGAGAAUCCUAUCUUGAACUAAUAGGCAUCCUUCUUCAACUUCGGGAGCUAAAUGAUUCACAUUUGCAGCUGUUUAUGGAAAUGGACCCACGUGAGAUAGAACCAUUGCUCAGAGAAAUAUUUGAUCUUCAUCUUAUAAAUAAAUAAAUAAAUAAAUAAAUAAAAGAGGAAACUAUU